AUGAGGUUGCGCCUUUUGACACUGGGUGCUGUAGUAGUCCAAAGCAGACAAGUGAAGUAUCUAUCUGGCUCGGCCGCGGUAUCCCUCAGCUCGCGAUACAGCCAAGACCUGCGGGAGCGGUAUGAACAAGCCAAGAGCGAGGCUCAUGACGUGAUGACGUCCCCCGCUUUGCUUAUGCAAGGGGGGGAACUAGUAUGCCAGAACUACGGAUAUAAGGAGGAGUCUUUGAUGGAGAUCGCGUCUCUGAAAUACACGAAACGGUUAGAGACACCUCCAGAAGCAGGUGGGGGAGAUACGGAUAAAGGCGGUUACUAUGUCGCUCAAAAGUAUAAAGGGAAAGACGACGUAGCUGCAAAGUUCUCUCGACCGCGCCCGCUCCCUUCAGAGGGUAUAAAAGCGGUCAUUGAGCUGGACAGAUCGGACGCUCUGAUUUGGACUAUGCAGUACGUUCUGGGGCUGUUCAAAUGGCGCCAGGCGGAGCUGAGUCAUAAACAUCUUCCUAUUUCGGUCUCCAGCGCCUACGACAGAUUGUUUUAUAAUACCAUCGAUCCGCUCCAAUGCAGACUGACCGACGAACAAUACAGUUCUCGAAGUCAAGUCGGCAUCCGCGCAUACACAAUAAAUCACAUCGCCGAUAUGCACACACUAGCUAUUCCGUAUGUGUGUUCACAAGGGCGGAUGAUUGGUUACAUCCCUUCGAAGGGUUCUUCGUUAUUCUGGGAGUUCUUGUUCAAUUCGGUGGAGCAGUCUAGAACUAUAUCCGCUGAUGAGAUUUGGCCGGAGCUGGAAGUAAUGCACCGAUUUGUGAGUGACUGUGUACCAUCGCCAGACUUGGGACGGACGGACGAGAACUUAGGUGGUGAUCAGAACGCAAGGGAUUUGGCCAUGGUGGAAUUUGUGGUGCCUAAAAUCUGGUCGAAUGAGUAUGUAUCUAUAGCUCGGUUGGCAAUGAUGCCGCACAGGAACACAGCAGCGGAUAUGUUCGCCCGAAUGCUUUCCGUUUUGUGGGAACAGAAGGGGGCGGCACCUGCACAGGGUAUGUCCCCGAUGGGUGUCCCUGCGAAGUGGAAUUUGGCACAGCUGAAUUUGGCUAUGAAGUUUGCCAAAACGCUCCGAAGAGUCUCAUUUGAUAAUUCAACACUGCAACAAAGAACUUCCACCUGGAUAGAAACACUUGGUGCAUUGAAACAGAGGGGGAUACCAGGGGUGGCAGGAACGGGAAUAACACUCGACCCAACCAGCAUGCAACCCCAUAUCCCGAAAGAGGGACCAAUCAAGGUACCUUUAUCUGAUUCAUUUGUUCAGGCCAUAAUAAGUGUGUGGAAUGACCGAAGAGUGACGUCGAUCAAGACUGAUAAUGAGUCGGGGGAUAAUGAAUCGAAUGGUCUGGAAUCUGUAGAACCGCCGCGACCGGAUGAAGUUCGUGAAAUGUUCGGUAACUUCUUGCUGCAUCCCGGCUCCUUACUACAUUGGCUGUCAAUGGACGGAAAAGAUUUCCGUGCGGCUGCCAUGCUCCACUUCUGGAACAUCUCUCCAUCACUGGCCUGUGAAGCGCUCGCCAUCAGACUUAAAAAGUCCCGCGGGAAUACAUCCGGACUCUGGUGUUCUUCUCCCAUUUCAUUCAACCAGAGUGGAGGAGAGGCACACAGAGCGUUCCUCCUCCGAAACAAUGGCGUCUACCAUACCGUCAUGGCGGCUCACCAACAAUUUCUCAUGAACGCCCGAAAGAGUAUGGAAAUAGAUGACUUGGUUAAGGAAUUCCAACACUUAAUUUCAAAACUAAGGAGAGUAGGGCACUCACCCACUUCCGGAGUCGAUGUACCUGACGCUGUUGCAGAACAGCCGAUAGGUCCUGAGUCUAUGUUGUACCUUGUGGAAAUGGACGGCAUAAUUCAACAGGCUGAUCUUUUGGGAGCUCGAAUAGGCUUAGUAACUGAUCCAACGACUUUCGGUUCACUCAAAUCGGAGAUGGACGACGCCAUAUCCUAUUUGCUGGGUAAGAUUGCUGCUAAUCAGGCUGCAACCGAGAUCAAUGCUCGAAGUUGCGCGGACAUGCUCAGCACAUGGCUCAAUGACCGGAAGAAUUGCGCGAACAUGGAUCAAAACAAUGAAGUCAAAGAUUUCGAAAACACGUGCGAAAAAUUAUAUCGUAUGCAAAUUAUAGCUGAAGACGCAGCGAAAGCUGUCAGUAACCUUUCCGAUGGUGUUACCGGGUUAUUUCCGACUGCGGCCAAACCUUUGACUCCAGAAGUGUACAGUGAAUUAACGCUCCUACAAAACGAUUUGACGUCUUGGGCUUUGCCUUUCGGGGCUCGGUUCGUCGCUGCUUGGUCGGAAUCCAUGCUCGCAUGGAAAUCGGCUUAUGAUCAGGUCUUGAACUCUCAGAGUCCAGAUAUUUUAGCCGAACAUGAUGACCUUCGUGAUGUGCUAAAGCUCUCGUUUAUUAACGAGGACAUGGCGCGUCUAAUUUCUUCUACACCUCAAACCUCACAAGAAUCAUCGCAAGACGCGUCGGUGGACGAGGUAGACUCGACCACAACUAUACACACUUUGGUAAAAGAGGAUGUGAAGAAGGCUAUGGAUCGAUGUGUAAAUUGGCGGAUUCCUUCAGUUAUUUGCGAUGCCGGGGAGAGUGCUAAAGACAAUUUGGAGCUGUAUAGAAAGUUGCUCGCUUAUAAAGUCUAUGUUCCGACUGAGAACGAGUGGCGUGUAUUGUUUGGCACGCUUGAUGGAUGGAAAGAGUAUGGCGAGGCUUAUUCCGCGCUUUUAAAGCUCCUGGAAAGUCACAUAGAACUACAGCAGCUGGUAAUUGGAUUGCCUGCCAGUACUGAUUGGAGCGCUUUCUUGGAGUGGGCGGAGAAAAAAAGUAAAAUUGAGUCUUCAGAAGUUAAGCUGGACUGUGACCCGCUGAAACGCCUUGAGGAUGAGGUGACCAAUAAAUAUCCGUUGUCGGAUAUCUUGAGUGCAAUUCCCGUGUUGGAAGAGCUGGUCUCCAACGGUCUGGGUGAUCAGAACGGGAAGGACUUCACUGUUGAUCCAAGAAUAGCUGAUUUGCCGAUAAUCAAUAUUAUAGAUGGAUCUAAAGAGCUAUUUGCCGCUGAAGUGGAUCGGUUGCUCGACGCCUACAACACCGACCCUAUCGAGGGCAUACCACAGAUCCAGGCGUUUGCCGAUUUGCUAUCACAAACCAAGACGCUCAAACUCCCUCCUGAGCUGGCAGAGAUUUUGGGGCAGAAUUUAUCCGAUGAGACGGCCAAGGAAAUUGCUCGUCUCGGAAAAGAACUUGAAAACCUGCAGGACAACAUUGACUAUGAACCGCAAUUGGAGCCGCCUGAAUUGGCGGUCAUCGAUUCCUCUGUAGCUGAAUACCAGCGUGCAUAUGAGAACUUAAAACAGCUCAUGGGUACCGCGGCGGACUACAAGAAGGCAAUAUUAGAACCUUGCAACACAGACCUACUGCAAGAGGGACCUGCAUCCGUUGAUCUGAUUGAGGGUAAAUUAGAUCAAUUCGAUUUCCCCAUUCAGCACAUGUGGGGCAAACACAAGUGGAAACGUCUCAUGGAUUGCGCCAAAAACAGGAACCCCAUUCUGUGCAAGGAAGCCAUUGAUGAUCUAUUGAACGACCCCUUAUGGGCUGCUCAACUGGAUGAUGGAUCCAAGACCUUCUUGCAGGACGUAGGAACAACGAUGGGAGUCCUAGCUAAUUCGAACCCAAAUGAACCAAUUACGGAAGCAGGACUUGAACCAUUGAACCAAAUCUUCUCAGAUUGGUCUCCAGAUGUAGCAGAGGCGUAUUUGACACCGCUGGAUAUAAAAGCCCCCGAAUUUAAGGCCCUGAACAUGGAAGAUGAGGCGGGUACAACAAUGCUCAAAGAUCUCGUCAAGCAUACGCGACUUCGUGCCAAAUUAAAUCACAGUCUCCGAGAAGGUAGCUCGGACGUACCGGAAGGUGAUAUCAGAGCCAACAUUGGCGUAACAGUCGAGGCUCAGGACAGUGGUUCCCUUGUUAAAAAUCUGGAUGACUUUAUCGACCAAAAAGUAUACAGUGAGACCGGCGAGACUGAUAUCAACAAGGCGAUACUCGGAUAUAAAGGAAUGAAACAACGAGCCCGGCAGCUUCAAACAGCGUCCGGCGAUUCGACUCCAGCCAUGGCCAUCACCAAGCUGCUUGAUGACUAUCGAGAUCUGGCUGUUAUUCCAGAUUCCUUUGCUUCCGACGUUGAAAAUGCUUUCGGGCAACUUGCUUCUGAAAUUGACCUUGAUCCCGCAGUUGCACAACGCAUACUCGUCCAGGCCAGUGGUCAGGCCGGUGGUCAGACCGGUGGUCAGGCCGGUGGUCAGGCUGGUGGUCAGGCCGGUGGCGAAUUAGCUGAGGGAGGAACAUUGGACUUGGCUAGCCUUGAUGGAGAUGGUCAGUUGCUUAGUAAUUGGGCGGACUUUAUUAAGGAAGGUGAUGCUGUCGCCCAGUUGGCUGCCUGCGUGAAGAAAUACAACGAGCUAGUGCACCUGGAUCCGCAACUGCGUCUCAAGGCGUUGGAUGAGUCACCAACGAUUUCGAACAAGUGCGUUGAGUAUCGUGGCGGACCGGGUGGUUCAGAAAUUGUAAAGGCGAGCAAGAGUCAUUGUACGGGUGAUCUGCUUAGUUUAUGGAUAUCGCAAGCAACUGAUCAGAUCGAUCGAAAGUAUAACUUAGCGCAGUUGUUGAAAAACGCAUUGGGACCUCUGAGUCAGACUAACUGGUCAGUUUUGCAGCCAUUUGAAGACGCUAUGAAGUCCGGGGAAGACACGGCGUUGGAAGGACUGGCGCAAAGGUACCCUCAACAGGAUUGGACUCCAGAUUUAGUGAAUUUGUUGAAGAAAGCAGUGGAGCUGAAGCAUGCCCAAGAAGAGUCGAAUACUCCAGAAGCAUACCAGACGGUGAAGGCUCAGGUCCUAGGGCUGCAGACGGACUUGGGUGCCUCUUUCCUGGCCGACGAAGGAGGGGACAGCGACUGGGCUAAGGAGCUGGACGCAGCUAUUUUGGGGAAGCAAGAGCUCCUGUCGGAGUGCAGCCAGUUGGCGAAGAACUACGUGAGAAUUGACGACCAUUCCGACCGGCAGUUGCUGAUCAUGCUCGAGGACAUGUCGUGUCCGGAAGAGUUGAUUGCGAAGUGGGGCCAGCCUGCACAGCAAGAGGCCAAUGAGUUGGCCAGCCUCAGCGGACGGCUUGGCGAGCUGCAGCGGGUAGAGUGCGAGGGGCUGGAGAGUGUGCACCACGCACUGGCUGAGGUGGAGGCCAUGGAUGUGAGCGCUUUAGUCGCUGCGGCACACAGCCAAGAAGCAGCAGACACGGAGUCCGCUGCGACGGUGAGAGAGCAGCUGAAGUUGGCGUUGCUGGAGAAGCACAGCAAACUCCUCACGUACCUGCGGGACUGCUUGAUGAACCUCUACUUCAACACACCGCUUGCAGACCUGCCCACAGUCACUAGUUUAAGUCAUGUAACCCCCAAGAUAGAAGAGCUCGCUAAAGACGAGCCCGAGGCUGGCAUGGCUGAUGCAAAGAAGAAGCUUUUGGAUACCUGUGACGACGUCGUCCUCACCAGUGCCGACUUGGAUAGCCUGCAGUCGCAACGAGGCCAUCCGGAUAAAUGGAUCGAACCCGAUGAACUGAGAGUGACCCCCUUGUCGCUAUCAAAAAAAGCUCCGCUCGCUGCGGCAUCAGUGGAGGGGUCCGAGGUCAUUAAAGAACUGGACAGCGAAGCCCCUGAUGUCGGAGAUCUGGAGGCGGCGGAAGUGCCUAUCUUGGGCCAGCUGGAUGGUGGGUUGUUGUCGAUGUUGUGUAAUCUAGAGGCAGCCGGUGUAACGUUGGACGGGGCUGUUCCUGAGGCCUUGGACCGAAUUGUGAGGAUCAAUGGCGACCGACUGAAUGGUCAGUUGCCGGCCACCUGGGGUGCUGUUAUGGACAGUUUGGGUCAUGAACCCGAGAUUCAGAUGGCAGACCAGUAUCGACAGGAUCUAGAAGCCCAAGCAGCACAGUGCCAGGACGGCGGCAGCAACUGGACAAAGGAGGAAAUAACCAGCCUAGUGGCGCACCUGAUCGCCAAACGAACUGCUGUCCCAGAUUGGAAGGACAGAUCCCUAUUGCCUUACUUUGCGGAAGCCGAGCAGCGGUUACUGAACUGUCUGGAAGCCCAGUUGCUUAACCUCAACUUCAAUUUGCCCGAGGACUUUAUUAUGUUCCAACAAGCUGUAGAGAGCUGGGGACAGACUAUUCUCAAUCCCGACUACGCAGUGACAGGUGCUACCAUCUUCGUUGACAAUCUGAAGUCUAGCUUUGAGCGAGCGCAAGUGGAGGACGAAACAUUCAACACAGCCGUGAGCACUCUUCUUCAGGUCCAGAGUGGUGAGGACCUAAACACGCCCUGGCAGACUAUUGUGGACCAUGUGGCUGUGAACGGACCUGUCCAUGACGAGAACCAACUCAUUUCCCUAGGCCACGUCACAUCGGAAGAUAUCCUUUCUCAUGGUCCCAUGAUCCUCAGGGUUCUGCCGGAAAUCUUGGACAAUAGCUACGAUCCUACUCUUGCCACUAUGAAGAAAUGGGUCGUUACCUCUCCCUUGGUUGUGAAAGCCGCGGAAAAUUUGCUGGAUCUGGCUCCCUUGGAGGGCGACUUGGCUGAAUACGGGAAGCUGAUCCAGCGAUGCUUGGAGCUGGGUGUCUCAGAUUGGGAGGGACUGGGUAAGGUAUCUGCUGUGACUCCGCCGACCACCGACAUGGCUACUUCGAUGGGCAAUUGUAUUUGGCAGCACCUAGUUAGUUGGCCCAUAGGAAAUGACGUGGACCGAUUUAACGGUUUGCCGGCUAGUGUUUAUGAAAGGGUUAAAGACCUUACGGAAUUCCCCGAUUUCACUAAAGGGGCGAUUGCUGCGGGUCGUGACCUACAUUUGGCGGCCGCAACGUCGCCUCCGCUUCUAAAUCUCUAUAACAACGCAGAGUGCUCUGUCGCCACGUUCUCUCUUGGAAUGCUAACGCAGGCCACAACUGAUGAAGAGAGAGUCGCGCUCGGAAGGUGUCUUGAUCAACUUGCAGAUAUGGCAGCGGGGAGUUUGGUCGUCAACAGGUCGGACACCGCCACGGAAGUGCCGCCGGAUACCGCUCUGUUGAGUGAUGAAGACCAUGUCCAGUUCGUCGGAUAUCUCAAACAGCUAUAUAAGUUGGUUGUUAGCGAUGACCUCCGCGAAUCAGCGCUCAAGGUCGCCAAUGCCAGCGAUGAUUGGGAGGAAAUUCUUGACUAUCUCAACAAGAACAACGUAAUGAAUGAGGAAGAAGGUCAGUCCUUGCUGGGCGAUAUUAUCGCCAACGUUCAGCGCCUCAAGGAAGAAGCGAGCACACCCGUGUGUGCGUCCGAAUCUCCUGAUGAGUUCAUUUCUAACGUUCAAAAUUUGACUUCCAAGAUAGACGAGCUGAAGAUCAUACAAAAAGAUCAUCCUCAACAUGUUCAGAAACUCUUUAAUGGCUGGACUAACAAUUGCUUUGACUAUUUGCUCAACAGGUAUCCCUUAGUUGUAUCCGAGACGUCUGGGGGCGAGGCGUCGGGAGGCAUUGAUUUGGUAUCCGCGCAUCAAGCUGUCAUGGAUCUGGUCGCAGGAGUCGGGAAGGAUUUUGCGGAGCUGUGCAGUGACUCUGAAUUGCUAAACAAGACUCUGCCUGAACAAGUUGACGGCGCCCUACAAGGCUGGGAGUAUCGUAUAUCGGAGGAUCCUUUACAGAUGGCGAUUAUCAAUAAGUUCAGGAACUGGCAGCUGGGAGUACGAGAAGAAGGAGACACCGCCAAGUUUACCACGGCUUCUGCGAUCCACACCUUCUAUUCUUCAGAUGUCCUGUUUAGUAAUUUAGCGGCGGGAAGCUUGCGCCCGUUGAUGGUUCCCGAACUGUUCAGCGGCUUAAUCGAAAAGGAGAUGAAGCGUCUGGUGUUCGAGUUACCUCUAGACGUAAUCCUCAGCAAGAUGCUCGGCGAUCCCUCGGUAUCCCCCGCUCAGUUGGUACAAGAGCAAGGUGACUAUUUCGGCGGCGACGUGAAGGACUACAUAUCGGGGUUGCAACCCGUUUGGACGGAGCUGGUGGACAAGAGUAAAGGCUUGGUGGAAAGCUGCGAAGCUACCUCGCUUAACGCUGGCUUUUUGGACGUUGAGCCGUACCAGAAUGUGGUGCAGAAUUUCCCCUCGUUUGCCAGUGUGACAAAUGGCAUAGACCCGGCCACGUACCCUUCGAGCUGGAGGAACCUCUACACUCAACUGAGGUCACGCUGGGCGGAUUGUUUGCUAACUCUACUACGGACUGGCAAGAUUGAAACAACGGAUGGCAUUGGUGUAUACGAUCAAGUUGACAAAAUGGUAUCCGACCGUCUGAAGUUACUGGAUGACGAGGAGUCCAGCUUCUCGCCGUUGAUGCCUUCCUACAUGGAGCUUCUCCGGUGGAUCGAGCAAGAAGUGCGCCAGAAAGCGGAUGUUCUUCAUUCACUAAACCCGAACAGUGACCGGAAGAUCUACAAGGCUCUGGUAGCCUACAUGGCUGAGGGAUGUCGAUUGCCGGACGGUGGCUUGAGUGUAAGCGACAUGUUGGCUAUGGACACGGCUCAGCUUGUUGAAAACCCUGCAGUAGCCUGUCUUGGACGAUUCAGCGAGGACACUAUGCAGGGUGUUAUUUCUCCACCUUUGAAGUUACCCGAACUGAGUAUUGUUGUGGACAUUGACAAGUGGAACCAGAGCAUUUGCGAGGCCAGUAAAAGUCUGGACGGGCAAGGUAUGCAGGUACUAUUGGAAUUUGCUAAGUGGCACGCAGACAAUCUGCCAGAUGUGGGUGCGGAGUCGAUUUUGACAGAGGAAUCAAAGAAGUGUUACGAAACGAUAUACUAUAACGAUUUGAUCGGGGAUUUGACGGAUCCGGAUCUGUUGUUGAUUGAGGAUGCGGCUCUCAGUCAAGUGGGGUACGAAGUUCAGGAACCGGCUGAGGAGAUCCGUCGGGCUGUUGCGGAGCGUAUACGAACAGCACCCUUGGCCACGACAAACGAGGACUGCGACAAGGUACUGAGCUGGAACAGACUGACCCAACAUAGUCAGUGCAUUUCCGGGCGGGACCCACGAUUGCUCUUUGGCAUCUUGAAGGACAUUCAGGAUGCAAACCGUCUCUGGGAGGAACGUGAGGCAUUGUUUACAAAGCUGAAGAGCAUGUAUGACCUGGACAUGAGCACCAUUGAGAACGACAUUCUACCCAUCAUUUACCAACAAUUGUUGGCGUGCGUCAAUAUCGACUGUGAUGGUGCCGAGCUUCUUAUCCAGGCACUUCAGGAAGCUUUGAACCUGAUCAUGCAAAUGACCCCUCCUGCUGACCUGCUGUGUGCACCCAGCAGGCUCCAGACCGGAGUGGAACUGAGUGCACCAGAACGGGAAGAUCGAGACCCCUUCUUCCCACUCUUGCUAGGUGGAUUUAAUAGUGAAGUCAGCUUCGCAAAGGCUCUCGACGACUACUACCACCGAUCUGCCAAAUAA